UAGUUCAGUGGAUCGUCCAGCGGAUCGUCCCGCAGAAACUGCAGUUGAUCGCUCAGCACGUCAGAUUUCAGUUCAGAAUACCAAUGUAAAUGCUAUUGGUGGAUGUCCUUUCCGUAACUGCGGAGGUCCUGGCGGCGGUGGUUCUUCCGGAGGUGGCUCUUCAGGAGGUGGUUCCUCAGGUGGAGGUUCCUCUAGUGGAGGUUCUUCAGGAGGUGGUUCCUCAGGUGGUGGCUCCUCAGGCGGUGGUUCCUCAGGUGGAGGCUCCUCAGGUGGUGGCUCCUCAGGUAGUGGAUCCUCCGGAGGAAGCGGCUCUUCAGGUGGAGGCAGCUCUUCUGGAGGAAGUUCCUCUGGAGGAGGAUCUUCUGGCGGUCGUGGAGGUGGCCGUAGAGGAUGUCGUGGUGGCCGUGGAUCACGCUGUCGGGGAGGCGGACGUGGAGGUGGCGGCGGUCGUGGAGGUAGCGGACGUGGUGGAGGUGGCCGUGGUGGAGGUGGUCGUGGAGGAGGAGGUGGACGACCUGGACGUCCUGGCAGUGGCGGAGGCGGCUUCGGUGGAGGUGGCGGCGGCUUCGGAGGAGGCGUCGGUGGUGGCGGUGGAUUUGGACUGGGCCUUGGACUGGGUCUUGGUUAGACAGUUGCCACGUCAAAACUUAAAGCAAAAACAAAGAUACUAUGCUGUAAAAAGUGAAACAUUAGCAAAGGAAUGA